AUGCCACCCCGAAUCCCCCGCGCCGGGGCGCGCCCAGCCCUCGCCGCAAGCUGGACAUGUAGGCUUUCUCGCCGCACCAUUGCUGCCUCGGCCGCCGCGCCCGCCGACAAACCCUACUAUGUCACCACUCCCAUCUUCUACGUCAAUGCCGCCCCCCACGUCGGCCACCUGUCCACCAUGGUCCUUGCGGAUAUCAUCAAGCGCUGGCAGCUCCUGCAAGGCAGGACGGCCAUGCUGAGCACCGGCACCGACGAGCACGGAUUGAAGAUCCAGCAGGCCUCGGCAAAAGCCGGUAGCGAGCCGCUCCCCUUCUGCGACAAAGGCGCCGACGUCUUCAAGAACCUGGCCGCCAAGGGCCUCAUCUCGAAUGACCAUUUCGUUCGCACCACAGACCAAGCCCACAAAGACGCCGUGCAGUAUGCAUGGCACUUGCUGAAAGAGAGGGGCUACAUCUACAGCUCCAAGCACGAGGGGUGGUACUCUGUCAGCGAUGAGACUUAUUACCCUACCUCCGGUGUCCAUCUCAUCGUCGAGCCUGCCACCGGCCGGAAGAUCAUGGCCUCGAUAGAGACGGGCAAGGAAGUCGAGUGGACGACCGAGAUCAACUACCACUUCCGUCUCUCCGCCUUCAAGGACCAGCUUCUGCACUUUUACCGCGAGAAUCCGGGCUGGAUCAUCCCGCAGUUCCGCAUGGACGACGUCGUCCAGGCUGUUUCCUCCGGCCUUGAGGACCUCUCCGUAUCCCGCCCUACAUCUCGGCUCACUUGGGGUGUCCCGGUACCUGGAGACGAUUCCCAAACCAUCUAUGUGUGGUUGGAUGCGCUGCUCAACUACGCAACCAAAAUCGGCUAUCCUUGGCCGCCGGGCAAGAUGCAAUCCAGUGGCUGGCCUGCAGAUUGCCAUGUCAUUGGCAAGGAUAUCACCCGUUUCCACUGCAUUUACUGGCCGGCCUUCCUCAUGGCCCUGUCGCUACCUCUUCCCAAGCGGAUCCUCACAACCGCCCACUGGACCAUGAACAGCCAGAAGAUGUCUAAAUCCGUGGGUAAUGUCGUUAACCCUUUCUUUGCCCUCGAUCGGUUUGGGGCCGAUGCAAUGCGCUAUUACCUUGCCCACGACGGAGGCAUCAGCCAGGAUGCAAACUACAGCAACUACUAUGUCGUCGAGCGCUACAAGAAAGGACUGCAAGGCGGCUUGGGUAACUUGGCUAGCAGGAUUGUGAAGGGGAAGGGCUGGGAUGUCAGGAGAGCGGUGGCGUCUGGCGCCCAGAAUAUUCCUAGGCGAGCCACGGAACAGCAAGCAAAGGCGCGAGCCCAUUUUGACCUCCUAACGCAUCUUCCUGGUGCAGUCGAACAGAAAUUGCAGGCUCUCGACGUGAGCGGCGGCUUGAAGACGAUCAUGGAAGCUGUCUAUGAGACCAACCGCUACCUCCAGGAGGCUGCUCCGUGGAACCACGUACCCAAGGCCCAGCAGGAGAUUCAUGCUGCCGAGCAGUCUGCUCCCGCUGUCCUGGAAAAGCACCGCCCCAAUGUGGACCGGACCAUUUUCCUUUGCGCUGAGACGCUGAGAAUAGCAGCCAUCCUGUUGCAGCCAUACAUGCCCGGUAAAUCAGCGGAGCUGCUGGACAUGCUCGGCGUGAACGAAGAUAAACGAAGCUUUGAGUUCGCGGAGGUUUGCAAGGACCUCGACUACGGCACCAGCAAAGUCGAUCUGAAGAAAACAGUGCUCUUCCCCCGCAUUGGUAUCGACGAGCUGGACUGA